AUGCCAGAAACCGUAUGUAUAUCAAUCGAAUGCAUUAUUUCUCAGAGAUGCAAAAAGACAGCGUAACUAACUUGCCAUCACCAGGAUUUCAAAAGGCUGAGAAACCAGCAGCAGCAGCAACAACAACAACCACAACAGCAGUAUCAGAACAAGAGAAGAAACCAGCAACUGCACACGGAUAGACCAAGGUCAGAAGGUCCAAAAAGAGAGGCGAUCUUGGAUUUGAACAAAUACAAAGGGGAACAAAUCAGAGUAAGGUGUGUCGGAGGAAGACAAAUCACCGGUAUUCUCAAGGGGUUCGAUCAAUUGAUGAAUCUAGUCUUGGAAGAUGUCACUGAGCAAUUAAGAGGUAUGUUGAACCCGUUUGCCACUCCCUCCCCACUCAUUUCAUCUCGCAAGAAAGAAUUUUUUUUUUUACUAACGAACCGCUUUUGGUAUUUUUCUAGACUUGGAAGAUGA